CAUGUAUCCAAAAUAAGAUGUUUCCUUCCGCACGUGUCGUCUAGUCUGGUCCGCUCUGCUCCCUCUAUUACUGUGUUCUUCACUUGCAAAUCCUUCGUCUGCAUCAAGGGGAAAAACAGAAAGGUUUUGUAGAGGAAAGAAAGAUGACGGGGGGGAACAUGACUCGAGCAAGUCUUUUUCCCACAAAAGAUUCAAAAUCUCAUCUUCCACGCCAAAUGGAUGGGGUCUGUAGGAUUGGGAAAACCGAGGUUGCUGCUGGGUUGCUUAAGGAAAUGGGACUUGUAGGUUGUGUUCCAGAUGUUGUUACUUGCAAUUCGCUAAUGCGUGGAUAUUCUUCGCAAGGGAAAAUCGACAAGGUUAGAAAAAUAUUUCAUUUGAUGGCGAGUAAAGGUCUUAAACCUGAUGUUUAUAGUUACAGUAUCUUCAUCAAUGGGUACUGCAAGGUUGAAAAAAUAGAUGAGGCUAUGGAACUUUUUGAUGAAAUGUCUCAUAGAGGUGUGGUGCCUAAUGCGGUUACUUAUAAUACUCUGAUGAAGGCCUUGUGUCAAGCUUUGAGACCUCGGGAUGCACAAGUGCUUUUCAGGAAGAUGUGUGCUUGUGGCCUUUCUCCUGAUAUAUUAGCUUACUCUACUUUGCUUGAUGGGUUCUGUAAACAAGGGAAUCUUGAUAAGAUGUUGGUGCUAUUUCAAGAGAUGCAAAGGCGUCUUGUGAAGCCUGACCUGGUAGUCUACACCAUCUUAAUUAAUGGAAUGUGCAAGUCCAGAAAGGUUAAAGAAGCAAAGGAACUACUUUCUCGACUCAUUGUUGAAGGGCUUAAGCCUGAUGUUCAUACCUACACUGCAUUAGUUGAUGGGCUUUGCAGAGAAGGAUCACUAAGUGAAGCACAGAGACUUUUUAGAAAAAUGGAAGAGGAUGGCUGCAUGCCAGGAAGUUGCUCUUAUAAUGUCCUUCUCCAAGGAUGUCUCCAACACAAGGAUACAUCAACAGUAGUGCAACUUAUCCAUGAAAUGGCUGAUCGAGGAUUCCAUGCAGAUGCUGUCACGAGAACCUUUCUGAAAGAUUUUCUACCCGGCAACGACAGUCCUGCAAUAAAACAACGGCUAGGACUCUUAGAAGGGCAUCAAGGUGUGAAGGUGAAGUAAGCUUUGAAUUGUUAAUGCUGCUUUGAUCAUUGUGGCAAACUGAAAGUUAAUACAUCUAUUAACAUUGUAGUUUUUGUUACAUUUGAUCCUUGCAUUUAC